AUGCAGGGAGCUUUGUGCAUCAAACCAACCAUUCUUCCACUUUCUUCUCCAAAGCUCACUCUUCUUCUUCCUCAAACCAUCUCCACCACCAAACCCUCAAGACUCUCUUCUCUCAGAUUCAGACCAAACUCAUCAUCUCCUUCAACCUCUGAUCCACUCACCGUAGACUACAACGACUCUCCCCUCUCUGUUUUCCCAGCUGAAGCAUGUGAAGUAAUCAGCGGUUACGCCUGUUCUGCUGACAUUUAUCCUGAAGUCAAGCUUGAAACAAAGCCCGUCUCACCUCCCGUGGCUUCAGAGCCUGUUGACCGAGAAUACCUAGAGUAUAACAACCCCAAAACAGUUUUCCCCGCUGAGGCUUGUGAUGAUCUUGGAGGAGAGUUCUGUGAACCUGACUAUCAAAAAGAUGUUUACUAG